CCUCGUUUGAUGCGGAAAUGACGUAAGUACACUUAAAGAUGGCGUCUGAUUCAAACGGCGAGAGCUUCUUUUCAGCAGAAACCAUGCAGAACAACCCACCAGAGCAAAGGAGACUACCCAGCAGCUGUAGUGUGGUCGGAGCGGAGACCGGGACAACAUGUUGGCGGAGCAAGAACAAGGUGGAUACGCCCCUGCAGGAAGGAGGAGACUUGAGUGACUGCAGUGAUGCUGGAGAAAGAGGGGCUACCAAGGCAGGACAGAUGUCAUGUGACAGCCAGCUGACUGCGAGGAGGAGGAUCCAUCAGCUGGAGAAAGAAAAGCUGGAGAUGACGUCCACAUACAACCAGCAGCUGUGCUCACUGAAAGCGGAGCUAGCCCGGCUCAGGUCCUCUGUGGAGCAAGGGGAAGCCCAGAGGUCGGAGCUUCAAUACCAGCUGGCAGUGAGCAAGAGAGAUGCCCAGAGAGCACAUCACGACAUCACAACGCUCUCAGAUCAAGCUGCAGAACUCCAGCAGACUGUCCAGGAACUUCACAAGGCUCUGGACAUGAUUCAGCAGGCCAGAAAGGAGGACCAGGAUGCUUUGCAGCAGGAAGUGGACGAACGUGACGCACUGAUUGAAACUUUGACUUCAGAGAGUGAACGACUGCAUUGCCUCCUGCAGUGUCAAGAGGAGGCCCUGGAGUUUGCAGAGAGGAAGAUGGUGGUGCUGCAGAAAGCGCAAGAGAAGGAGGUGGAGGUGGCACUUGCAGUGGAGCGCCGCAACCAGCAGGAGGCGGAGUCCAAGCUAGAGCAGCUUCAAGCGGAGUUGAGCGAGCGCGCUGAGCAUGCGCUGCAGAAGUUGCAGACAGAGCACGAGCAGUGCAAGUCCGAGCUGACUGUCGCCUUGGAAACGGAGAGGAGGACGGCCUUUGAACUCACAGCAAUGCUGGAGGAGGAGAAGAGCAUGCACGUCAACACACACCUGCUCUUGGAACAGGCUGUGGAGAGAGAAGUGCAUUGUGGGAAUGUCCUGGAAGAAAUCAAAGAAGCUCUCCAAGAACACAUGCGUGCAGGCUACGUUUCCACAAAGGAUGAUGGGAAACGGAGUCCUUCUGACGAUGUAAUGCAUCUACUCAAGUCCAUGCUCCGCAGACUGGUGCAGGCUGACGGACAGGUUCAGGAUCUGCUGUUGGCGUCUGAAAGGCUGCACGAGGAGAAGCAGAUACUCCAAAAGCUGACUUCGGAUCAGAAGCGAUGCCUCCAAGAGUCUCGACAGCUGUCACUCAAGCUGCAGGAGGAAGUGACACGCCUGCAAGAGGAGAUCCGUGAUUGGUCCACACAGAAGGAAAAGUUGGAGAAGGACAAGCAGGAGAUGUCAAAGGCACACGUAUCCUUCCUCUACUCUGUUCAUCAGCGCCUGAUGGUGGGUUGCACGGUCCUCCAAGAACCCCACAGCAUGUCGGAUGAUUUCACCUGGGUGGAGCUGUGUGAUGUCAUCACUCAGCAGCUGGAGCAGCUGACCUCCGACCGACAGGAGGCCGAGAACAAGGUGGCCCAUCUGCAGAGCGUGUGCGAGGAGACGAGCGCGUGCAUGCAGGAACUGCAGCGCAGUCACAAGUGUGAGUUAGCGUGUAUGGAGGAGAGCGUGAGGAUGCGGGAGGAGGCCAGGAAUAGCCAACACGCCCAUGAGCUGCAGCUGAAUCGCUCCAAGUGCCGGUCUCUUCGGGAUCGAGUAGGCUCUUUGACCUCUGACCUGUCACGUCUCCACGACUACCUCUUGCGGAGCCGUAAGAGGUCCUCCUCCUUUCUGUCGGCGUGCGCACUCCUCGCUGGCAUGACGGUGCACACUGAGCUUCGCCUGCGUAGCCUCAGUGAGCAGAAACGUCUUCUGGCCACACGCUUGGCGGCAAGGGAGGAGCUGGAGAAGGAGCUCAGGAGGCUGGCCGGUGCUCUAGGAGAAGGAGAAGCAGAAGGGCGGAGGAGUCAAGUGAGGAGACGUUGGAGGAAGUACGCCUGCGUGCUGUUGGCGGUGAGGUGGUGGCGUGACAUCGCCAAGAGGAGCCUGGUGUUGUUUCGGCUGGAGCGAGGAGGCAGCGGGCCAGCGGUGUGUGUCGCUACGGCAAAUCUGACGGGACAAGAUGAUGCAGGCAAUAAAGCGGAUGUUGCCCGCGAUGAAGGUCGUGAUGCUGCGUGCGUUCGCUGGCUUCGCUCCAAAACUCUCUCCUCCAUCAUCUUGUCCUGCAUGGCGGACCUGCAGGGGGCACUGGCAAGCGCUCCUCCAGCUGCGAUGUCAGCAGCUCAAUCUGGGCUGUCCCGACUCCUGGAUCAACUUGUCAUGCAACCAAAUUCUGGCCCUGAGAUCCUGGACCAGAUGAAACUGAGCAGACAGAGUCCGCCCCCCAGUACCUUGAAGACCCUGGUGUCUGGCCUUCAACGGUAUUUCCUGCUCUUCAGCCAACGGCUCCACUCGGCCGAAGUGGAGAGGCGGACCCUGAGGCUUGAGGUGUCCACACUAAGGAGGGCAGAGCAACGAGGGGAGGUCACCUGCAGGACGGUCCCAGGGCAUCACUUUCACAGUGUGUGCACGGAGCUCCGCCAUGCGCUCGGCAGAGAACAGGAAGCUCACAAACUGGUUCAGGAGCAGUCGAUGCAGCUCGAUGCUCUGCGGCUGCAAGUCGACGCGCACGCUACCGAGCAAGCCGACAGCCACCGUGCGCUCAGCCACAUGGCAGAGUCGCUGGCGGCGGCUCGGCAGCGCCUGAGAGGAAAGGAGCGCUUGUCGAGGGUCCUGGCUAGACGUCUGUCGCGGGCUCAGGAGGAGAGGCGGAGCCUGCGAGGGUGUCCACGACAUGUUGAUCAGCAGCUUCAGGAUGCCAACUGGCGCCAGGAUCAUGUGAUCGGCUAUGAAAAUGCAGCACAGCACCGCAACAAGAAGCUGACAGGCGGUCUAAUCCACUCACAGGCCUUACCCGUCCAUCACAUGGGGCCAUCUGGAGCGGAGAGCAUCAUGGGAAAAUGUCAGGUGUCUGAUGUUCGAGCCCUGCCCGCCCCCUCACCACCUGUCUCCGAAGGAGAGGAAAAUGUGUGACGAGAGCAAAGGUGAACAAAAGUGAAGGUCUAGAAGACCAGGAAGUCCCAGUGUGUUCUUCCUGUGGUUCUUUGUAGCACUUUGAGCGCACUCGCGCAACAAAAGUGACGCAUCAGCACGCCCCAUAGCGAGCGUGUCCCUCCGAGCAUCCUCAGGAGACCACGCCCCCAGGCUGUGCGUGCGCGUGUGCGAGUUAAGACGCUGCUGCACACACACACGGCAUAAAUAGGACGUCUCUUUUGUCUUGAUUGCUGCUCAUCUGAACACGAGGGGAUCAAUGAACUUAAAAGGACAAAACAUCAUAUUUUCCCUGCUUGGCGUUUCUUGUGACAAAGUAUGAUGUGUGUGUGUGCAUGUGUGUGUGUGUGUGUGGACACCAAGUUAAAAAAGUGCCAACGCAUACAUAAAACCGGCAUGAGCGCUGACGCUGGUGUUCUCAUUGAGGUUCUGUCACAGAUGUUGUCGUAGCAGAUUAAGUUAAGUUGUGUUCCCGCCCAUAAAAACAUCUUUUCCUAAUCCCGGAACAACCAGGAAAAUAUCACAUAAAUGGAUUUUUAGCAGCAAAAUGUCACCAGUGGUCUUCAUUGCCACUGAGGCCAGUGUGUGUGUGUGUGUGUGUGUGUGUGCGCACUGGUUCAAAGACAUCAAACACACACUCUUGCAAUAAAAGGAAUGACUUAUGAGGA